UGCUCGGCGAGAGAGGUUGGCUCAUGGAGGAAUGACACUGGUACAGCCGUACAGACUACCCGCUCCUUCUGACCCGUCGGAGUCGGGGUCUCCGUCUCUCCGAGAUGAGGAACCAGGCAACACCGGGCGCCGUCACCGAGUCGGCGGUGCUGGUCCUGCCGUUGCUACCGCCGCGUGACCUCGCCGCCGCGGCAUCCGCUUGCCGCGCCCUCCGAGCGGCCGCGGCCGCCGUCACCACGCGCCGCGCCGCCGACGCGGCACGAGGCCUGGAGCCGCUCCCCAUCCCGUUCCACAACCGCGUCGACUCGAAGCCCUAUGCCUACUUCCUCUACACACCCUUCUCCCUCGCCCGGCUGUCUCCCGGCGCCUCCUCCUCCCCCAGCGCCCAGGCCCAGCCGUGGGGUGGCGCCUGGGCCCGGCCGCCACUCCCGACCUGGCCCCGCCCCAGCGUCGACGGCUUCACAUCUGCCGUGUGCGGGUGCGCGUGCGAGGCGGGGGAGUGCGGCGGCCCCCGGUGCGCCUGCGCCGAUGCGGAGGCCGACGCGGCCGCCUCGGGCUCGGAGGGCGGGAUGGGGAGCCUCGGGGAGUGUGGCGAUGGGUGUGCGUGCGGGCCUUCGUGCGGGAACCGGCGGACGCAGCGCGGCGUUGCUGUGCGGCUGCGCGUCGUGCGCCACCUGCAGAAGGGGUGGGGGCUGCACGCGGCGGAGGCCCUCGAUCGCGGGCAGUUCGUCUGCGAAUACGCAGGUGAGUUCUUGACAACCGAAGAAGCACGGAGGCGGCAGAGGAUAUAUGAUGAACUUGCCUCUGCCGGUAAGCUUGCUCCUGCACUCAUUGUCAUUCGAGAGCACCUGCCUUCUAGAAAAGCAUGCUUAAGAGUCAACAUUGAUGCAACCAAAGUGGGAAACGUGUCUCGCUUUAUCAACCAUUCAUGUGAUGGAGGCAACCUGCAUCCUGUCCUGGUGAGGAGCUCCGGUUCAUUGCUCCCAAGGCUCUGCUUCUUUGCUGCCAGAGAUAUUGUGGAAGGAGAGGAGCUCACCUUCAGUUAUGGGGAUGCUAGGGUUAGGCCGAAGGGUUUGCUGUGCUUUUGCGGAAGCUCGGGUUGUUGUGGUGUACUUCCUUCAGAAGAAACUUGAGAGCUGAUGCCACCAUCUGUAAUGCCUUCCAAACGAGUUUUAUUGUAUCACUGCCUUUGAAAGAACAUUGGCUUGAGAAGAAGUUCCAUAGCACAUUCUUUUGCGCACACCGUAUUAUGUGCAACAAAGGAUUAAUGAGUCAAAUUUUGGUGAA